GGAUGGACUACUCGACAAUAGGAUCGACUGCCAGUCGAAUCCAGCAGACCAUCUUCAACAACCCAACCUCAUCACCACCAACUCAGCACAGCAGACCCAUCACCCGACAUCCCUCAACCACCCUCAACAACCAAGCACAGCAGCCUGCACCAUCGACACAGCAAACUGAAACCCAAUCUGAAACUGAUCACAUCCAAGCUCAGGCUGACCAAUUGGACCUACUCCAGAUACUCGACCCAGCUGUCAAUGCUGCCUCAACACUCACCCACAUCAGGAACUGCCUACUCAUCCCACCCAUGAUCAACCACUACGGAACACCCAACAUCCAACUAGAACAACAUCAACACCACAACCACCACAACCAACUAGACACACACCUACUCUCCAUCAUCAACCAUCCAUCCGAAAAACCACCUCGCCGGCAACAGAUCAAGAGACUCAUCAAGGGAUUCAAAGCAUUCGUCUGCACUCCUAUCGGCAUCCUCUUCACCAUCUAUGGAUUCCUCGUCGUCUUCUGGGGAGCUGCAUUGGUUUUGAUCCUCCUCGGUUGGCUCAAAAUCACCCCACAGAAGAAUUACAGAAUCUGGGUCGAAAUCUGUAGUCAAGUCCUGAACGGCUUAUUCACCAUUCCAGGGAUUGGCUUGUUUCCUAGUAGGAUAAUAGAUUGUUGGAAUAUUGCCAUCAUCUCAUUCUAUGCACGAGUCAUUUGGAAGCGCCAAGGACGGAAGAACUUGGAAGACCCGAACCAUCUGAUCCCUCCCUACAAGCCGUCCCCAUCUCCACCACCACCUCCCCUUCCACCACCGCCUAUCAACACAGAUCGUUCGUCGGCCGAUUCGGUGAUUAAUGGAAUACCUCCAGCUCAUCAUGAAGAAGCAGAAGAAAAAGAAAUCCAUCAAGCAGAAGAAGAAGAAGAGCGAGUCGAGUUGGAGCCCCAACAUGAUGAUAAUAGCGAUGAUGAUCAAGACGAUGGGGAUUGCAGACCGGGUCAAGUCAUAGUGGUCCAUCCAGAAGAAGAAACAGAAGAAUAUAAGGAAGAGGAUGUGGAUGUGGAUGUGGAUGAUGAGGGAAGGGUGGGGCUGACGGAUGUGUGGAAAGAAGCGCAAGAGAUGGUGCUGAACGAGACCGAAUUAGACCGACUCCGCGCGGCCCAGGAAGCACUAUGUCGUUCCCAGACCUGGUAUCGUCCCCAUUCAUCAGCCACCCAUUACGCUUUUCCGGUCAACGCCGCUCUCAUCAUCGUCGCUCUUAACCUCGGUAACUCGCUCUUUCAGGCCGCUUUGUGCGCCGUCAUGUGGGGCCUGAGGUACAGUACUAGACCCGCCUGGACUACUGCUACGUUCAUGGCUUUAUCAUUUUCGUGUGGCAUAACCAGUGGGAUCUUGAUCUGGCGGAUCGGAUUGAAGACGUCGAAGAAGACGAAGGUGAUUCGCGAAGUGAAGAAGAUGAUCCGAGGCCCUCCAUCGACAAAGAAAAACAACGAGAAGAAGAAGAAGGAGGAGAAGGAGAAAAACACGGAUCAAGGUCCCGAAGGAGAAGGCCUAGGAGUGGAAGUCGUAGUCGUCGGCGUAGGCGUAGGCGUGAAUCGGAUCAUCCCACGCGCCCGUCCGCCUGUCCAUCACCAACUCUUCCAAGACCCUUCCGACCCCUUCCCGCAUCCCACUGUCAUCCCCGAUCCCCGUACCUCUCUCCUCACCAAUCCUCCCUUCUCCUCUUCCUCUCCUUCUCCUUCGUCUCCGUCUCUUGCCUUUCAACGUCCUUUUCGACCUCCUCAUCCUUGAGGUUCCUCACCCCGAAUCCGAACCCGAAUCAUCCGGAUCUCUCUCUUCUGGGCAUCCCUCGCUUCUACUCUGCUUCCCUCUCUUUUCAACCGCAUCUUUAUCUAUGUAUUCAAACACUGAGACUCGAUCCUCGCAUCCUCCUUCGCAACUUAACAUUACCUCGUCAACCUUGUUCGUCUUUCUUGCCCCCCCCCCCUCCCGUCUCUCUCUUCUUUCUUUAUCUAAACAUCUUUUGUUUUUCUUCGUUCGGAAUUCUUCUCUAUACAUAGUUAUAUACACUUUUUGACCCAUAGAUCAUCUUUGUUUUCGGUCAGAUACAGUUGUGUAGAUCUCGCCAAUUCUCUUUUUUUUUCUUGGUCUUGAUUUACAGAACAUAAUAUAUUUAUAUGUAUCUUAUGGAAGUUAUGUUAUAUAUAUAUAAGUUUUGAUUUAAUGUGAUGGAUUUAUCUUUGUAUUUCUUAUGUCAG